AACUUAUUUUUCCAUAGAAAAAGGUUGCAGUGGCAGUUCUGUAAUUAGGAUUAAACCCUUCGUGUUGCCAAAGAAUACCAUCCAAUUUCAUUUCACCUUUUUUAAACUCUCCCUAGGGUUUCACAUCAAUCACAACACCUCACACAUACACACACUCAAUCUCUAUCUCCAACUCCAAUUCAAAAUGGACUCCGGCGGCGAUUUGGACGCGAAAAUCGAGGUUCUGUUGAAUACCGAGAAGCAGAUGAGACUCAAUGGAGAUGUGGCGGGGACGAAGAAGGCGGUGACGGAGAUUUUGCAGCUUUGUUUCGACGCGCGUGCGUGGAAGACGCUGAAUGAUCAGAUUGUGCUGUUGUCGAAGCGUCGCGGUCAGUUGAAACAGGCUGUAACAGCGAUGGUCCAGCAAGCAAUGCAGUAUAUAGAUCAAACACCAGACAUCGAAACUAAAUCUGAGCUGAUAAAAACACUGAAUAGUGUGUCUGCAGGCAAGAUUUAUGUUGAAAUAGAGCGGGCAAGGUUGAUAAAGAUACUAGCAAAAAUCAAGGAAGAACAAGGAAACAUUUCCGAGGCUGCAGAUCUGAUGCAGGAAGUUGCGGUGGAAACAUUUGGUGCAAUGGCAAAGACUGAAAAAAUUGCUUUCAUUCUUGAACAAGUUCGUUUAUGUUUAGAUCGCCAGGAUUAUGUACGUGCACAAAUACUCUCAAGAAAAAUCAGUCCGAGGGUAUUCGAUGCAGACACUUCAAAGGAGAAGAAAAAAGCCAAAGAAGGUGACAAUGUUGUUGAAGAGGCUCCUGCAGACAUCCCUUCACUUCCAGAGUUGAAGCGGAUCUACUAUGAACUGAUGAUAAGGUACUACUCUCACAGCAAUGAUUACCUUGAAAUAUGCCGUUGUUACAAGUCAAUUUAUGAUAUCCCAACUGUCAAAGAAAACUCUGCUAUGUGGAUACCGGUGUUAAGGAAAAUAUGUUGGUACUUAGUUUUGGCGCCACAUGAUCCGAUGCAGUCAAGCCUUUUGAACUCCACCUUAGAGGACAAAAAUCUUUCAGAAAUUCCUCAUUUCAAGCUUCUUCUGAAACAGUUGAUUACUAUGGAGGUGAUUCAGUGGACAGCACUAUGGAAUUUAUUUAAGGUUGAGUUUGACAAUGAAAAAAAUAUGCUUGGUGGCUCUUUGGGUGACAAAGCUGAAGAAAAUUUCAGAGAGAGAGUAAUAGAACAUAAUAUCCUAGUUGUAUCCAAAUAUUACUCACGGAUCACCUUGAAAAGGCUUGCAGAGCUCCUUUGUCUUAGUAUUCAGGAAGCUGAAAAACAUCUAGCAGACAUGGUUGUUUCCAAAGCGCUUGUAGCAAAGGUUGACCGACCGAUGGGCGUUGUCUCUUUCCAGGCUGCAAAAGAUAGUAAUGAUAUCUUAAAUUCGUGGGCCAUGAACCUGGAGAAGCUGCUUGACCUUGUGGAGAAGAGUUGUCACCAGAUCCAUAAGGAGACAAUGGUACACAAAGCUGCGUUGAAGGUUUGAAUGAAUGCCCUUGCAACCCAAAUAUUGGAUGACAAUUUCUAACUGCCAUGAAUACUAAAUACUGAAAUCAUAUCAGGAUCCUGAUUCGGCAGUAAAAUGAAGUUGUCUUGAACUUGUUUCUUCCUUGUUUGAUAAUAUUUUGUUCAAGAUUUCUUCUGAGGUUUUUGUCUUCACAGGAUGACUUGUUAUAUCUAUGAUUUAGUAUUGCCUGGCUUAGCAAUUAACAGGCUGUUUAUGUUUGUACUUAAUCUCAAAAAUUCUUGUAUUCUCAUCUAUUUUCUCAGGGUACUUUUUACUGCUAA